GGCCUCCAGGUUCUUGCGGAUCCUCGCAAAGCGGUUUCUCUUGUCCCCGAAAGUUAGGAGGUUUCAUAUUCAUUGCCAAGUUAGUAGAAAAAGCUAGAUCGCUUGGCGAUAGGAAGCUCAUGUCGUGAAGAAGACCCAAAUUGUAAAGCUCGGUUGACCGAGAGGACGAUAAUUUUUUUACAGCAACGAAGUAGAACACCUCCGAAGGUUACGCUUUAUUGUACCACACUUUAUUUUUUCGUUUUUUAAUUUUAGCCCACUUGGAAAUAAGGCAGCAAGAACUACACUGUCAAGAACUACAAAAUGUGGCUCCGUUCGGUGGAGAUUGCGGGUUUCAAGACGUACAAGCAGAGCGGAAAGAAGGAGUUUCACCCGGGGCGGAAUCUCAUCGUUGGCUACAACGGCGUAUGAACUGCAAAAAUAUCGUACUCGUAUAAAUGCAUUACAAAUUUCCUCAGCGUGAGAAAUAAAAUUUGUAAUGCUGACGCACCUAAAGAAAAAGAUUUGCAAUGCAUGGCUGCACUAUGAGUGCGAUACUUUUGCACAGGAUACGGCGCCGGAAAAUCGAACGUGCUGGAUGCCAUUUUAUGGCAAUGGGAUUCUCAAACGUUACAUUCUCAGCUGUUUGUUACAUGAUUUGUCAUGCAAAAUUACUAUGAGCCACCAGACGAUCAAGCUACCUCGCAUGACAAAUCCCCGAAGGCGGCCUAAACAGCACCUAAAUCUGUGCCGAAUUUGUGAUGCGAGAGUUGCAAGCUGCUUGCCCCUUUCACUGUUGCGGCUCUUGCGUCACAAACUCAUGUAGCAGUUGAGCAUGUAUUAACGUUUGAGAACGCCAUACAUUUUGUUUGUGCUGUCGGACAACGUUUUGACUGUCCAGGUCGGGGGAAAUAACGGCCCCUCGGGGAACAAGAAGAAUGCUGCGGGAGCAGCUGCACGUUCUGCGAACAAAAAUAACAACUUAUCUGUUCUGCACGAGGGCGAGUUUCAGAAUGUCAACACCAGUGUAUCUGCCGGCGGGGCGGGUGGAAAUAAAGCAGUUGUGGCCGCUGCACAGCAAGGCGGCAUCGAUGACAGGCAGUACUACGUCGAGUUAGUGUUCGAGGUGCCGAAAAAUAUGGAGUCCUACACGGCCAUUGUGGAGCAGUAUUUCGUUGCGAACAAAAACAACAACAGCAAUCCGCAAAACUUGAUAUUAAACCAGGAAAACAAUUCUACAAAGAACAAGCAGCUGAAACUGAAAAGGUUUAUCAUCAGCAAAAACUACACGCUAAACGACAAAGCGAUUGAUAAGCAAACCGUGUCGGACUUGUUGGAGCAGUGCGGCAUCGGCGCGCUGAACUCUUUUCCCUACUGGUGCAUCAAACAGGGCAAAAUCGCGGAGCUGGGGGCAAUAUGAAUUGCAAAAGUAUCGUGCUAGUAGUAUAAACUGCAUGACAAAUUUGCUCAGCAUUAGGAAUGGAAUUUGUAAUGCGGAUUUGCCUUAAGAAAAAGCUCUGUAAUGCAUAGCUGCAAUUUUUACUACGAGCGCGAUACUUUUGCACAGGACAGGCGAUGAACAGCAAGCAGAGGCUGAAGUACAUGGAGGACUUUUUGGGGAUCAGCAAAUUCGACGAAAGGCGGGAGUUUAUCAAAUGCAAAUAUGUCUGAGUCUGGAAGAAUGCAAGUUUGUCAUGCUUGUCUGGCAUGGCUCGAGAAUCUGUGUUGCAUAGGCACGAAAAAACCCUCUUACCUGUCCUGCAAAAACGCAGUUUGCCAUGCGGAAUAUGCAUAGCGGCGUAUUCCAGUGCGUCUAUCAUUCACUUUUAGCAUUACAAGUUUCCAGACCCAGACAUUUUUGUACUCGAUAGAGCUGGCGAUCCAGCAAUUGAAAGAGAUCGAGGAGAAGCAGUUGGUUUACGGAAAAGAGUAUCAAAUGCAAAUUAUGUAGUCUGGGUCUGGAAGAUGUCAUGCUGUUUUUGCAUGACACAGAAGGUCUGGUGGCAUGGAAGGCCUAGCAUCACAGGUUUCGAGAAAGUUUCGCCAUGCCUAAUCGGCAUGACAAUUGCCCCCCUUUGGUGCUAGGAAGUGGGCAUCUUUUGCUGCCUAUGCAUGAAAGGUUUUUGUGUGUUGUGAAAUGCGCAUCACAACUUCACAUCCUUCCAGACCCAGACCUUUUUGCAUUUGAUAAAGAGCUGGUCGAAUCCCUGGAUAAGAAGAUUAACGAGCUGAUGAUUGACAAAGAGGAGCUGGAAAAAUUUGAACAACUCACAGUGAAGAAGAAACAGCUUGAAGCGAAAAUCGCGGACUAUGAGCUGAAGGACGCGACCAGCAAGAUGGGGCUGUUUACGUCGGAGAAGAAUGUGUUGGAGCUGCGGCUGACGUAUCAAUUGCAAAAACGUCUGGGUCUGGAAGAGUACAAACUUGUGAUGCGCAUUUCAGAACACAGAAAAAUCUCUCAUGCUUAGGCAGCAAAAGCUGCCCACUUUCUGUCACCAAAAUGGGGGAUUUGUGAUGCGGAUUCGGCAUUUCGGAAGCUUCUGGAGACCUGUGAUGCUAGAGCUUCCAUGCCAGACCUUGUGUGUCAUGCAAAAACAGCAUGACCCUUCCAGACCCAGACACUUUUGGAGUUGAUAUGACGAAACUAACCGGUAGGAAGCAGGACUUGAAAACCGACGUGAAAAAGACGAAAGAGGAGCUCUUCAAAUUUGAAGACCAGGUGGAAUACUAUCAAUUGCAAAAGUAAAAGUUGUAUCCUGCUAGUAGUAAUUGCAAUAGUACUUACAAAGUGGCUCAGCAAGAAGAGACACGGAAUGCUGUGUGGUCAUGCUGAUUUAUCUUGGGAACUAUCCUAUGCAUGAUUCAUCGGAUAAAGAUUACUACAAGCAUAGGAUGAUUUUGCACACGGGAUAAAUACUUGAAAGCGGAUAAAAUCGCUGCAGAACAGGAGUUAUGAAUUGCAAAAUUAUCGUACUCGUAUAAAUGCAUGACAAAUUCCCUCAGCAUGAGAAAUCAAAUUUGUAAUGCGAAUGCACCCUUAGAAAAAAAUUUGUAAUGCAUGAUUGCAAUUAUACGAGUACGAUACUUUUGCACAGGAUAGGAGUAUGCGGACUACUUUGCGAAGAAGAACAAGGAGAUGAAGAAUAAUGUUGACGGCGCAGGGAUUAUGCAAUGCAAAAGCAUCGUGCUAAGUAUAAAUUGCAUUACAAAUUAAGUAGCCCAGCAUUACACAUUGAAUUUGUAGAACGAGAUUUGUAAUGCAUAAAUGCAAUUACUAAUGCGAUACUUUUGCAAAGGAUAGGGAUGAAUCGGGGGUCCAUGAGCAGCAGCGAUGAUUUUUCCCAGCAGCUGCAACGAGGCCCUGCUCUCGGCAACGAUCAUGUUGACCAAGGUGAACAAGGGACUGACUUCACAAACCUCCUGAACAUCGCGGAACUCACCUCCCAGAUCAAGCAGGAAGAGGAACAGUUACAGCACCACCUGCCGGCGACGUUGGAGCAAAAACAGAAGGAGCUGGACUUUUUGUCGAAGCAGAAAAUUCCGAAGUUGCAGAUGGAGAAGACGAAGCUCUUCACGGAGAAAACGUCUUUACUAUCCACGCCAGCGCAGGUGUGCGAGAAGAUGAAAGUGAAGAUUCCCAGGUUGGAGCGGGAACUGAUAUGCAAUGCACCAAACUGAUGUCGCGCAACUACUCGUAUGUAUUGCAAACAUUUUUAUAGUACACAGGCAUGCAUGUUGACAAAUCUCGCCUCCUAGUACUAGGUAUUAAAGCACAUGUACAACAAAAACAAUAACAAUGUCCAUCCUUGCUUUCAGGGAUGCAAUGUGUAAAUGCAAUUUCUUCUACUGGUAGUGCGUUACAACUUUUUUUGCAGUGCAUAACUGAAGGAGACGGUGGGAAAAGAAUUGGAAAAGCUGGAGAAGUAUCAAAUGUAAAAAUGCCUGGGUCUGGAAGGUUCUGAGACUUGUGAUGCAUGUUUUGCAUGACCCAGGACGUCUAUAAUGCACGCCCUAGCAUCACAGAUUUUUGGAGGGCUUCCUGAUGCCUACUCCGCAUGACAAACGCCCUCCCCGCGUAGCACAAACUAAACUCCUCUUGCUGGUCAUGCAAUACAGAGUUUCUUAGAGUCCGAGGCUAGCAUCACAAGUUCCACAUUUCCAGACCCAGACACUUUUGCAUUUGAUAAGAAGAAACUGAAUGAGGAGGAGUUUGGGGAGAAAAAACAGCAAGAUUUGGAAGCUAUGCAUUGCAAAACUGUCGUACUAGUAAAAAUUGCAUCACAAAUUUUCUCAAGAAGAAAAAUGCAAUUUGUCAUGCGUGUUCGAAUAGAAAGUUGGAUUUGUCAUGCAUGGCUGGCGCAAUUAGUACGAUACUUUUGCAGAGGAUAAAAGAGAAAAGACGGCAAUUGGGCCAGGACUGGGAGAAAGCGAAGCAAGUAUAGGAAUAGGUUAUAUCUUUCACAUGAUAAAAUGACGAAAAAGCUGCUUUCGAUAGUGUAGUUGUCCUCUUCACGCAUGCAAUAGCACAUGAUUUAUUUUUGCAGCUUUUAUUGCUUCGUCCAAUCAUUCCAAAACAAGAUGAUCACACACACACAACGCUAUCGUUCAAGAAAAUAAAACCUCUCUUCCCCCAGGCUUGCUGGGCGCUGGACCAAGAUGCGGAGCAAUUUAGCGAGGAAAAACGGCAGUACCAGCAGCACUUGACUCGCUUCAAGCAGAGGAAGCAGCAAAACGAGCAAUUCCUCACCGAGAAGAAGCAAAAACUGACCGGAACCUUCCCCCGCGGCAUCCGGACGGCGUUGCUGCAUCUGGAGCAAAACAGUGUCGAGGGGUUGGAUAAGCGAGGAAUCAAAGGAACUUUAUUGGAAUGCCUCGCCGUAGAUCCGGUGUAUCAAGUUGCAAUCGAGUCCGUAGGCGGUGCGAGCUUACUCAACCUUCUCGUCGACACUGACAAGGCGGCCAGCUUGAUUCUGAAGGAAGUCCGCGAGAAGAAGUUGGGGAGUAUCGAGUGUUACCAAAUGCAAAAAUGUCUGGGUCUGGAAAAAUGCAACUUGUGAUGCUGCGUUGGGAUGUCUAAGAAAUUUGUGUUGCGUGAGCAGCAGAAGGAUUCUAAUUUUUGCUACGCGGAGAGCAUUUGUCAUGCGGAAUAGGCAUCAAGAAUCCCUCAGAAGACCUGUGAUGCUAGGGCAUGCAUCACGGACAUCAUGGCUCAUGCAAACCGUGCAUGACAACAAGUCUCAGAAUCGUCCAGACCCAGACAUUUUUGCAGUUGAUAAGUGUGUUCCGCUGGACCGUCUGACGGGCGGAAAUGCGAAUGGAGCUCCUGCGCAUAUGGAUUGCAAAAGUGUCUGGGUCUGGAAGAUUCUUACAUUUGUCAUGCAUGUCUGACAUGACUCGAGAAUCUGUGAUGCAUUGGCACGAAAAGGCUCUCCUGUCUGUCAUGUAAAAACGUUAUUUCUCAAGCGGAAUACGCAACACAUAGCAGCUUGAAGAUUUGCCAGCAUGCCUGGCUGCGUAUUGCAGUCCGGCUAUCAUCCACUUUUAGCAUUACAAGUUUCCAGACCCAGACACUUUUGCAGUUGAUAGCGCAACAGGCGGAGCCGAUGAACUACCUUUCCGCCAGCGAGCAUGUCGUGAAGAGGAUUGAAGAGGAGUAUCAAGCAGAACAUUUCAAAAACAACAUGCAGACGGAAAACGACAACGACAGCGACGACGAUUUAGACCGUGGCUCUACUUUUAGCGAAGAACGACCCGAUAGCUCCUCCAACGGCCCGAAGACGAAGCCAAACAACGUGAACAUAUUGAGGGGAAAAAUCGCCCCCUCCCAUAUUGAGUCGGAAAUUUCUGUUGCUGGAUUUGUGUACACAAAUCAGAUUUGUCUUGCUGGAGAGGACUGCAGGCCCAUACUAAGCCCGAGUAGAGAGGCGCUGGCCUAGGUGCUUAGCAUGAGAAAUGCCUAUGCUGUAGGCCCAAUAGCAUCACAAACCGCCUACAUAACGCUGCGGGGCCUGUGGGGUUGCCUUCUUGCAAGACAGAGACGAUUCGUGGCCACAAAUCAGCAUGGCAGAUUUUGUUUCCGAGGUGUGCCUUUUCGAUAUGGGGAUGGGGGAUUUUUUCUUACGAUAGAACAAGCCGAAAAUUCUGUCCCUGGUCAACUGCAUCAAGUGCGACGAGUGGGUGAAACCCGCCGUCUAUCACAUGAAAAAAGUGUUACACUUACACAUUUGUUGUAACUUCAGCAACACAAAUUUUCUGUGUGUGGCAGAGAAAACUUGUAAUGCAGAAUUCCCAAGGGAAAACACGCACAAAAUGAAGUCCGCAAGCCUCUCUUGCUGGACAAAGGUUGUCUGUCUUGCGGCUCCUGCAACGCAAUGUGUAACUGUAGCACUUUUUUCUCGCGAUACGGUCCGGCAGAUCUACGGCCGGUGGCUGCUCUGCGAGACCUUGGAUCUCUGUGAAUUUUACAGCAAGAGGUAUGGCUUGAGCUGCAUCAUAUGCAUUGCAAAAGUAUCGUAGCUAGUAUGAAUCGCAUCACAAAUUUUUUCAAGAACAAAAGUGCAACUUGUCAUGCUAGUUCAGGAAAAAAGUUGGAUUUGUCAUGCAUGACUGCAAUGACUACGAGUUGUGCGCUACUUUUGCUGAUGAUACGUCACGCUCGACGGUGAUAAAGUGCUCUCCUCCGGCUUUUUCUCCGGUGGCUUCGUGGAUCCGAACAGCUUUGUGCGGCUCAAGCUGCAUAUCAAAUGCAAAUAUGUCUGGGUCUGGAAGAUCGCAACUUGUCAUGCUGUUUUUGGAUUCUAGGAAAAUUUGUAUUGCAUGAGCAGCAAGAGGGGUCCAAUUUGUGCUACGCGGACAGGGCAUUUCUCAUGCGGAAGGCGCAUCAGGAAGCCCGCUAAAAGUCUGUGAUGCUAGGUCAUGCAUUACAGGCAUCAUGGGUCAUGAGAAAUAUGCAUGACAAAUCUCGGAAUCUUCCAGACCCAGACAUUUUUGCAUUUGAUACUGCAGAAGCGCGUGAACGAGCUAAAAGCAGAGGAGAAAGAAUUGCACAAGGAAAAUCGGGACGUGCUCGAAAAGAAGCACGAUUCCUUGGCUUUGAAACAGCAGACGUUGCAGGAGAAGCGAGAUCGGGCUUGGAAUUAUAGGGAGAAAGUCCGGGUGGAGUGGUGCGAGGUGGACACGGGUCUGGCGAAAUUGACCGCGGAGAUUUCGGAGAGUAAGCGGAGGGUGGAAGAACUGAAAUUGCGGAAGGAAGUGCUGUACUCAUUGCAAAAGUGAAAGUCUCGUCCAACUAGUAUAAAUUGCAUUACAAAUUGGCUUAGCAUGGCAAAUUGAAUUUGUAAUGCGGGCCUGCCAUUGAAAAAAGAUUUGUAAUGCGCGAUCGCCAUUAGUAGUACGAGUGCGAUGCUUUUGCACUGCAUAUGACGGUGACAGAUUUGAAGGAAAGUGAGAAACUGCUGAAAAAAUGCGAACAGGAAAUGGCAGACGGUACUUAUUACUUAUAAAAAUGCUUCCGCUCUUCCUUCGAUACCUGACAUGCACACUGUUGCACAACAAAAAGAGAGUCGAAUUUGUCGACAACGAGAACGAUACUAGCAAUCACGUAGUUGUACAUAGCGAAAUGAAAUACAACUAGCUCAUAGUACCACUUAAUAAAAUUUCUGUCGCUUCAAAUAAAUCCUCCCAGGUUCCACCGCCCAGACGGUAGCGUCUUCCCAGCAGCAAGCGGAGCAAAUUACCCUUUUGGAGAAGCAACUCGAGGAAACGACAGCGAACCUACAGAAAUCCGAACUUAUGCAUGGCAAAAGUGUCGACGUAGUCGUAUAAAUGCAUUACAAAUUUCCUCAGCAUGAGAAAUAAAAUUUGUAAUGCUGAUUUACCUUAGGGAAAAGAUUUGCAAUGCAUGACUGCAAUGCGAGUGCGUUACUUUUGCACUUGAUAACACUGAAAGCGCGACAACUUUUCGAGCAGGUUUCCGAACUGACGAAGCAGCAGGAGAGCAAGAAAAAGCACGUGGAUACGAUGCGGGAGAAGCUCGAGAAGAUGAAACUGAGAAAGCUAUCCUGUGCAAAAGUAUCGUACUCGUAUUGCAGUCAUGCAUUACAAAUCUUUUUCUUAAGGUCAAUCAGCAUUACAAAUUUUAUUUCUCAUGCUGAGGAAAUUUGUAAUGCUAAUGCAUUUAUACGAGUACGAUACUUUUGCAGUUCAUAAAAGCAGAAGGACGACAAUGAAAAGAAAGAAGAGGAGAAAAUCAUGACGAAUUUGAAGAAAACGACAAGUGAUUUAGAAGUAGCAGAGGACAACUUCGUGAGAACGAAAGCUUCUCUCACGGAUCUCGAUAUGGCGUUCUCAAACGUUACAUUCUCAACUGUUACAUGGAUUUAUCAUGCAAAAGUGCCUUCAGCCGGCAGAUGAUCGAGCUGCUUCGCAUGACAAAUGUCGGAAGGGCUAAACAGCAUUUAAAUCUGCGCCAAACUUGUAAUGCAAAAGACGCAAUCUUUCUCCUUUCGCUUUUGCCAGUCUUGCAUGACAAAUUCAUGUAACAGUUGAGAAUGUAACAGUUGAGAGCGCCAUAGUCGAGCAGGAGUCUUUGCAGAUCAACUCGGAAUGGGAUAUGGAAGAGUCAGGAUUGAAAUCGUCAAAGCUGAAAUAGUUUGUGAUGCGUAAAAUGCCUGACGCAAAGUGCCUACCUUGCAGAACAGGAAACUGAGAUCGAUUAUAAGCUGCCUGUUAGAGCUGCUAUGAUAGUAUGACAAAGGCAGUCUUCUGUCUCUAGUCAAACAGCAUUACAAAUUGGAUUUCCACGCUGCCAAAAUUUGGCAUGCGCCACUUGCAAACUGCGCCCCAGCUGGUAUCGCUUAUUUGCAUAUACAGACCAUUUCAACCCUGACGAUUUCGGUCCUGACACUCCCAUAUGGGAGGAAAUUUCCGGAAAGGUUGAUUUCUACAACUCCAAGAUUUAUCACAAGGAAAAAUCCCGUCUCACCAUAUCAGACGGGAGUUUCUGAUGCUGGAUUUGCGUAUACGAAUAGGGUUUGUCUUGCAGUAGAGGACUGCAGGCUCCUGCCAAGCCUGAGUAGAGAGGUUUUGGCCUAGGCGCUUAGCAAGAGAAACGUUUAUGCUGUAGGCCCAACAGCAUCACAAACCGCCUGCAUAAUGCGGCAGAGCCGGUAGAGUUGUCUUCUUGCAAGACAGACGUGAUUUGUGGUCUCAAAUCAGCAAGACAAAUUUUCGGAAACUUACCUUUUCGACAUGGGGAGGGGGGAUUUUUCCUCUCAAUAAGAUUGUCACGGAAUUCACCCGAGCGGAAGACGCGAAGCAGCGGGCUGGAACGACGAGCAGCAGUUUUUCGAAAGAAAAAGACAUCAAGAAGCAAGGAAAGAAAGCUGCGCCAGGUGAUGUUCUUCUCGACGAAAAUGCAGAACUGGAGGACUCUGAUGCUGAAGAUGCAGCUGCGGAAGAUGGAGAUCAGAAUGAUGUAGAUGUUGAAAUGGAAGACGCUGGUGAUCAGGAUGUCGUCGCGCAAGACGAGGAGGUGGACGACAACAAAGAACACGAAGAAGAUUCGUCCCGACGUCCUACCACCAGUCUGAACAUCAGCCAGCUGUUGCUAGAGCUCUCCCAAAUCAACCGCACCCUCGAUGAGUCCGAGUACAACCAGCGUGCCUUGGAAGAGACUAUCGACUACAAGCACGUGCGCGCACGGUUGCAGGAAGAAAUUCUGCAGGUCGAGCAGUCGGUAUCAGAGUGGUGCACAAGAGUUCGCCCCCCUCUCCGUAUUUGUCAUGCAAAAUCCCAAAUACACCUACUGCUCCUGCCUUGUGCCGAGGCCGAAGCUGUUUGCAUGAAAAAUUACUCCGGAUAGAGGAGACCAAACAGCACUUCUUUUACACGACUUUGCGCAUAAAGAGCUUGUCAUGCUCAGGCUCCACAAGAUAGAAGUGCAGAACUGUUUGUAUUGCUGCUAAUGCCAUCAACAUGAACAUACAAAUGACGGGGAGCGGGACGAGUAGUUCUUGUGCAUUCUCAUAGUUGGUGAGGCAGAUUCAAAAGGGAUUAGAAAUUGUUGAGAAGAACAAAAGGAUCAUGUUCGAGAAUUCCAUUGAACAGCUGAAAGAAGAGUUCGCGGACGUGUUCGCCGAACUGACACGGAGCAGCUCCACCUCAGGUGGUGCUGCAGCUGGUGGAGCAACGACUAGCAGCGCCGGCGCCAGGCUGAUCGUCGAGAGCAAGAAAACAAAUCCCGGCCAAGGCCCGAUGAACUCAACAUCCUCUAACUUUUUCAACAUUACCGGCUAUGAAUUGCAAAUAAAGCAUCGUACUAGUAUAAAUUGCGUUACAAAUUUUCUCAGCAUGCAAAAUUCAAUUUGUCUUGCUGUUUUACCUUGGAAAGGAAAUUUGUCAUGCAUGCCUGCAAUUAGUACGAGUGCGAUACUUUUGCACUGGAUACCGGGCUGAAGUGCGAAGCGACGUUCAAGCGGGCCAGUGUUGUGGCGAACAAGAUGAAAAAGUCGGACUUGUUGUCGGAAAAUAGUACUUCUGACGCUCUGAUCACGAUGCACAACAAGAAAAAUAACGACGUGGAUUAUAAAAAUGAUUCAACCUCCUAUGCCUAUCAAGACAUGCGACAGCUCUCCGGUGGGCAGAAGACGAUCUGCGCCCUUAUGCUGGCGUUCUCAACUGUUACAUUCUCAACCGUUACAUGAAUUUGUGAUGCAAGAAUGGCAAAAGUGAUAGGGGCGAUCUUGCGCGUCUUGCGUGACAGACUUGGCGCCGAUUAUCACCCUAUUUGGCCCUCUGAGAAUUUGUCAUGCGAAGCAGCUUGAUGGCGUCGCUUCUGAAGGCAAUUUUGCAUGACAAACCAUGUAACAGUUGAGAAUGUAACAGUUGAGAAUGUAACGUUUGAGAGCGCCAUAGCCCUGUCCUUGUUGCUAGCGCUCCUCCGGCUGAAACCCGCGCCGUUCUACCUGCUCGAUGAGGUUAUCCUGAAUAAAAACGUCCACACCUCCUCCCCAGAGCUGCAUGCGUAAAAUGUUUCUCAUGCGGAGACCCAGGAGAAGCAUUUUCUAGUAGUGUUUGAGAUUUGUGAUGCUCGAACCAGCAUGGUAAGCUAGAUCUAUGAUGCUUGCUGCACUACCUAAAGGCGACGACACUGCAAACCCAAACUUGUCAUGCGCAACAACCAAAGCUUUUUGAUUAUGAUUUGUCUAGCAGAUUCCCCAUGUUGACUAUGGGCUUGGGCGUUUUUGUACCGGAUAGAGUUCGACGCUGCUCUGGAUCCGGAAUACCGCGCAAGCCUGGCGAGUUACCUGGACGUGCACCUGAAGCAGGACCUGAAAGUUUCCAUGGUGAAUAACAAAUGCAAAAAUAUCUGGGUCUGGAAUGGUGUCUGCUGACCCAGGAUGUCUGUAAUGCAUGACCUAGCAUCACAGAUUUUUAUUUUAGAGGGCCUCCUGAUUCCUAUUCCGCAUGACAAAUGCCCGCCCCGCGUAGCACAAACUAGCCUCCUCCUGCUGAUCAUGCAAUACAGUUUUUUUCAGAGUCCAAAGUACAAAGUUAGCAUCACAACAAGCUCCAAGCUUCCAGACCCAGACAUUUUUAUAUUUGAUAGUGAACGAGGCGGAGCAGCAGGGUUUGAAAUUGAACGAGCAUUUUGAUGUAAACGACCUGAUCCUGAUGGACGUCGAGAAUGAUGAUUCUUCGGAGGAUUUUUUUCAUCGCGGAAAUAAUGAUAGAACCGGUGUUGAUGACGUCAACCGAACAGCGAAGAUGAACUCCAGCGGGGCACAGCUGCUGAUCACGUCCUUUCGACCAGAAUUGAUAAAGAACUCGGACAAAAUCUUCAUUAUCGAGAACCACAAUUAUCCGCUGGAAAAGCCCGUAUCGUGUUCGUGGUACUAGAAAUUGCUGUCAUGCAUGAGAGAUUCACCGCCAAAGCCUGUAGGCAAGGCUAAGGCAGCAUUGGAAAAAAUAUGGAAAAUGAAUUUGUGUUGCAAUUUUUACUACGGACGAUAAUUUUGCAAUGCAUACCAGCCGGGUAAGUACGAUUACGGAGGGGAGUAAGGAACAGGCGAUGCAAAUUGUCAACAUGAAUAACUCGCAGUAACAAGUACAAGUAGGGCUAGGGGCGAAUGUAAACGAAGAAGCAACAUGUUGUGUUCAACUGGCACUGGAACUGCAGCUGUUGCAAGUUUAGUACUAUUUGGAAUCUUAAACUUAAUGUUAAUCUUUAUCUUUGACUUUGUUCGAGAUUGUUCUGGAAUAAUAACAAGUGGUCGUAGUAAAUGUUUGACUCGACGACCAAGCGCGACGGCGGAAAUAUGUUUUCAAUCGAUCAUCAUACCCUUGAUUGACAACCUCGAAGCAUACAAGAGUUUCUGGCUGUAUGAUACAUCACAAAUGAAUAAGUACAAGGCUUCUGAAUUCUGAUGUGCUAGAUUGUCAACUUUUCAUCUAAUGUUGCUUAUUGUCCACCUGUUUUUAGCAAAAAAUGCAAAUGCAAAAUGAGAAUGACGAGUCAAAAUGAAAUACUUUUUCAUGAGUAAUCAAAGAUUGAAAUUAGACCACGCCAUGUUUUAGUGAAAAAUGCUUCUUUCUGUGGAAAUAGGAGUAGCACUAGCAGUCGGCUAUCGUUUCAUCAAUUUACAAGUUUUAGACACAUCAAAGUACCGCUAUGAAUGUUCUGCGAACUUUUUUUGUUUCCAUGAAAAUCAAUAACAAAUGAAUGAUUUGCACUUGAGUCAUCGUAGCUUUGGGAUGACUUUGCAGAUUGUUCGACUGGCCCCGAAAGCUAGCCACGUCUCUUCUCUGCAAUAAAUUACUAAAAGGACGGCCUGAGAUGAUGAUUGAAAAC